CAAGGUGAACAAGCAAAAGUUCACUCCUGUGUGUCUGUGUGAAAAACUGGCACCAACGUGUAGGGUGAACGAUACAGACAGUAGUAGGUUUUUCAUUAGUUCUUCAUUUUCACUCAACCCAGUCUGGGUCUAUUUUGAAAGUCCAUUAAUGUUCCUUAGAAUGGGGCCGAUUCCCAAACUCCUGGCUGGAUUCAUCCUGUUGACUUUAUGUGUGGAAAACGGCUCAGGCCAGCACUGGUCCUAUGGCCUGCGUCCUGGAGGAAAGAGAAAUGCUGAAACCUUGGUUGAUUCUUUCCAAGAGAUAGCCAAAGAGAUCCGUCACCUGGCAGAACCUCAGCAUCCUGAAUGCGCGUUUCACCAGCCCUGCUCCCCCCUCAGUGACCUGCGAGGGGCUCUGGAAAGUCUGAUGGAAGAGGAAACCGGGCAGAAAAAGUUUUAAAUGUAUCAGGCCAGAAGGAUCAACAACAUCGAUGUGUAACACUGACACAAAUUCGUGACCCAUGAAAUAUCUAUAAACUGUGCGGCUCUCAGAAAUUCUACAUCAAUAUGCUCAUAUUUCAUAAUAAAGUUCUGUGUUGAGAACGCAGCGAUAGAAAUGUCGUCGUUUACCUGAGCGGAAAGACAAGGAAAGGGAGCCCCUCCUCACACGUGGACAGGUGGCAGAGGGGAACGGGAGGUGACGUAAUUGCAUUCUGCUGACCAAUGGGA